AUGCCAUCGAACUCAGACAAGGAGGUUGUGCUCGUAACAGGAGCAACCAACGGUAUCGGUCUGGACACCGUCAUUUACAUCGCCUCUGCAUCUACGAAGUACCAUGUCAUAAUCGGCGCACGCAACAUGUCGAAAGGCGAAACAGUCUUGAAAGAUGUGCAAGCCAAGGCAGGCAUCCAAGGCACACUCUCCUUAGUGCAACUCGACGCCAAUGACGACGCUUCUAUCAAAGCUGCGGCCAAGAAGAUCGAGGAGGACUUCAGCAAGCUCGAUGUGCUUAUUAACAACGCUGGCAUAUGUCCCGAAAGAGACGGCACGUGGCCGGACCGGGAGCUAAUGCGCACUACGUUCGAAACCAACGUCUUUGGCCCUACCAUCCUCACAGAAGCUCUCAUUCCCGCAAUGAAGCGCUCAUCCAAUCCGCGCAUCAUCAACGUGUCCUCUACUAUGGGUAGCAUCACUCUGAUCUCCGAUCACAGCUCUCCUUACUCCCAAAUCAAAUACCCCGGAUAUCGCAUGACUAAAGCUGCACUCAACAUGUUAACGGCAUACCAGUACACCCAGCUCAAGCCGGAUGGCUUCAAGGUUUGGACGUACUGCCCAGGCUAUGUGGUGACGGACUUAGGGGACGACAGGGAGCAAAGGAAGGAACAAAACGUUGAGAGUUCAGAGACGAGUGCGCUAGGACUGUUGCAGAUUGUACAAGGCGAGAGGGAUGCCGAUGUAGGAGGGUUUGUCGGCAGAUAUGGACAGAAGUAUGAAAGCGCACUGGCAUCCAAGUCUGACAUCCGUUUCAACCAUAUACAAGUCGUCGGAACGCACAACUCCUACCAUCGUGAAGUCUCACUCGCCGAGCGGCCAGUCUUUGAGAAAUACGUACCGUCUCCAGAAGACUACUACUACUCGCACGCAGAGCUUGACAAUCAAUUGGAGUACCAGUCCGUGCGCUCUUUCGAGCUCGACUUACAUUCGGAUGAAAAGGGCGGCCUGUACUAUCCCCCUGUCAUAUGGACACUGUCAAACUUGACAAACGUCACCACUCCUUACAAUGGUGACAUUCUGAAGAAGCCAGGUAUCAAGGUGUUCCACGUCACGGACUUCGACCCCGAUUCUGUCUGCCACACCUUCAUCGACUGUCUCAAGCAGCUGAAGAGCUGGUCAGACGCAAAUCCGAGACACGUCCCUAUCACUAUUGAUCUCGAGCUCAAGACCGAUGCGCCGGCAUGUUCGUUAGGCGGUGUCUGUCCUGGCGAAGCGACGAACUGGACGCUCCCUCGCCUCUUGAACGUCGAUGCGGAGAUCCUCUCCGUAUUCCCUAAGAAGCAACUCAUUCGCCCCGAUGACGUACGCAAGAGUGGUCUUACCCUCGAGCAAUCUAUCCUGCAACAAGGCUGGCCGAAGCUGAAGGAUGUUCGCGGCCGCCUUCUGUUUUUCUUCGAUAACGACCCAAAACCCAGUGACCCCAACUCGCCUCGCGAGCUCUACAAAACCGGCGCUCCCUCGCUACAGAACCGCACUGUCUUCACCAAUGCGCUCGAAGGCUCUUCCGAUGCUGCGUUUAUUAAAUACAAUGAGCCGCGCGGCAAUGGCACAGCAGAGAUCCAGCGGCUUGUCAAGAAGGGCUACUUGAUCCGAACACGUGCUGAUAUACCCAUCGAUACCAUCUUGAACCGCACUACAGAGAUGAGGGAUUUGGCUUUUCAGAGUGGUGCCCAGAUUGUUAGCACUGAUUUUCCAGCUUGGGGCAUGAGCAGUCGAUGGGGCUGGGAUUAUGUCGCCAGGCUUCCCGGAGGAUUGGCUGCGAGAUGCAAUCCUCUUAUCGCACCGGAGGGCUGCAAGGACAAAGAUCUGGAGUAG